AUGUCUUUCAGACGAGAACUGGUUGUGAGGUUGAUUUUUUCCAAAGGUGUUUAUGAGUACGGCUAUGAUGGAGAAAACUUCAUGUCUUUUGACAAUAAAGAGUAUCAGUGGGUCGCCUCAGUUGACGCAGCUCUACCAACCAAGAGAAAAUGGGACAAUGGAACAAUCCUAAACCAAUACUGUAAGAGUUACCUGGAGAAAGAUUGUGUGGACUGGCUCAACAAAUUCAGAGAAUAUGACGACUGGGAGCUCAGAAACAAUCCUCCAGAUGUUCAUAUAGUCGCAAAAAGGUCUAGGAGUGACAGAUCCAUGCAGAAACUCACCUGUCUUACCACUGGUGUCUACCCCAAAGACAGUAGGUUGUUCAUUAGGAAAUAUCACACAUCUUUGCCUGAAGAUGAGGUUGAAUCCACAGGAGUUCGACCAAACCAUGAUGGAAAUUUCCAGCUGAGGAAGAGUGCAGGCAUUGAGGAGGAUGCAGAAGCUGAAUAUGAUUGUUUUGUGACCGACAGAACCCUCAGAGAACCACUUAUCAUCAAAUACUAUAAAUGA